CUCAUCCACACAUCAUUUUCUAUGUAAAUCAACUACUCGGUAUCUCACAAAUCAAGAAAAUCCUUUUGAUUCUCCACCACUAUGACACGCGUUGCAGAAUCUCCGGCCCGUCGCCAGGUACGGGUGGCAUUGAGGGACUUGGCGCUGAAUAUCAAGAGCCUAGCAGUUGAUGAGUUCGACCUGCAGCAACUAGAGAACAUCAGUACCAACGUCGAUUCUAUGGUGCUAGACGAAAUGUCAUCGGAGAAGCCGAUCUAUUUUGCGCCCUAUUCAGACCACUCCUUUCCAGAGCCCAAUGACGAUGACCUUCAUGGAUCUUAUAACGGUGUAGAUGAUGAAACAGACCCUGCUUUCAGCCGUCCCUAUGAUCGCGCAUACGUGAUGGACAUGCACCUUGACUCUUACAUCAGCUACUACAACCUAAAAGCCAAACGUGAAGGGUAUAGAAGCCCCUGGGUCCCAAAAUGCAUCGGGGAUUCAGCAUUUGGUAACAUAGGCCUGUACCGGGAUGAGCAGCCAGAGUUCGGAUGCUUCAGUAUCGCGGAGCCGAAGGACCCUGCCUGUCCACAUAUUAAAGCGAUCAUUUACAAUAACAUGGUCGCCACGGAUUCCACAAUUCUCUUUGGCGAGUUGAUGCCCAUUCUCCGAAUCAUGUUGAAGCAGUAUUGGAGAGCAAAGUACAUAUAUUCAAUGGUCUCACCGGUCUUGGUGUUCUCGCUCAUGGGUUUACAGGCUCGAGUGAUUGAAGCCUUUUUCCAGGGUCAAGAGCUGAUUAUACGCCCCACCAAACUGUAUGAUUUCAGCCACGGGAAUCCCAGUGCCUUCAAAACGUUUACCCAGUGGUAUAUGGGCAAACCUAUCGGGGAUACUACGAAGGCUUCCUGAUACCUUCGCGGCUUUCGCAUCAGCUUGUCAUCAGCUACAUGUCACGUGCUUUGGUUGUUAUCACGUUGCUCUCUAAUCCUUUCUCAUCGUUCCAGCAGGGAGUCAUGGUACGUGGGAGAUGUAUGUCACGUGGAGGAGUUGCAAGGCGUAUGUUUGUUUAUGAAGUACAUGACUAAUGUGGGAUGGGUCUGUUUCUUUAUUGUGAUGUUUCUCAGCAGUCCGCUUCUGCAAUAACAUUUCUGGGG